UGCCGUUGAAACAACCUGUAUCACACCCACAGUAUGGAUUACUGCACAUUUAACAACUUUUCUCCUAAUAUGGAUUUAAUUUGGUGCGAACUGUGAUACCUGCACGCUUCUUAUAAUGACUUUCACCUUGACGUGCGUUCCCACCACAUAUCCUGCGGCUUAGUGUUGUUUCUGGCACGUUUUUAUGAAGAUAUCAGAGCCCUCUGUACACUUAAAAGAGUUGUAGCCCUAAAUCUCGUCGGCUCUCAUGGGACUGAGGCAUUCGUCGCGUUGUUUGCUGCUACGGCGGAAGAUGGCGGAGGCGGACAGCUCGGAGCGGCAACAGCCUGUCACGUCCCCCCUCUCUCAGUCUGCCCAGCCCUCCCCACUGCCUAAACCAGUGCCUACUGCCCACCAUGUGCCCUGCGUCCCCCACACGCCUCAUGUAGCAGCCCUGGCCACCUGUCCUGGUCGAGGCAAGAUUGCCAAGUUCAUCAGCCCGGAGGAUAUGACGUCACGGGACUACUACUUCGACUCUUAUGCCCACUUUGGCAUCCACGAGGAGAUGCUGAAGGAUGAGGUGCGGACGCUGACCUACCGGAACGCCAUGUACCACAACAAGCACGUGUUCAAAGAUAAAAUCGUCCUGGAUGUCGGUAGCGGCACAGGGAUCCUCUGCAUGUUUGCAGCCAAUGCCGGCGCCAAACAUGUGUAUGGGAUUGAAUGUUCGAGCAUAUCCGAAUACUCCGAGAAGAUUAUCAAGUCCAAUCACCUACACAACGUCAUUACCAUCUUCAAGGGCAAAGUGGAGGAGGUGGAGCUGCCUGUGGAGAAGGUGGACAUUAUCAUCUCAGAGUGGAUGGGCUAUUGCCUCUUCUACGAGUCCAUGCUCAACACCGUCAUCUUCGCCAGGGACAAGUGGCUGAAACCCGGAGGCCUGAUGUUCCCCGACAGAGCGGCUCUCUACGUGGUAGCCAUCGAAGACAGGCAGUACAAGGACUUCAAGAUUCACUGGUGGGAAAACGUGUACGGGUUCGACAUGAGCUGCAUUCGCAAUGUGGCCAUCAAAGAGCCUCUGGUGGAUGUGGUAGAUCCGAAGCAGGUGGUGACGAACGCCUGCCUCCUAAAGGAAGUGGACAUCUACACCGUGAAGCCGGAGGACCUGUCCUUCAACUCAGCCUUCUGCCUGCAGAUCCAGCGCAACGAUUACGUCCAUGCGCUGGUCACCUAUUUCAACAUCGAGUUCACUAAGUGUCACAAGAAGACUGGUUUCUCCACUGCUCCAGAUGCUGCCAGCACACACUGGAAGCAGACAGUGUUUUAUUUAGAGGACUAUUUGACUGUCAAGAAGGGAGAGGAGAUCUUUGGCAGCAUCACUGUCAGGCCCAAUGAGAAGAAUGUGCGUGACCUGGAGUUCACCCUGGAGCUAGACUUUAAAGGACAACUAUGUGAGGCCGCCAUUUCCCACGACUAUAAAAUGCGUUAAGAACAACAACCAACCAACAAACUAUCCUCAGCCCCUCUCGACACUCGCGGGAAAGGGGGGCGGCACAGGCUCUCCAUCGAGCAUUCCAGUUGGCCAGCAAGGGCGACCAGACGCAUCUGAUCGGAUGCCAUCAUGCCAGCACCCAAGUGAUGUCAUCCGAAUAGGCAAGUAUCUCUCAGCAAUAGUGCCAUCACCUGUUCCAACUUGAUCGACUCGGGCACAUCGUUGAAUGUAACAUCCUAAAUGAACUUGAUUUUUUUUUUCUCUCUCUCACUAGUUUCUGGAAAUUGUAUAAUUUUGAGUAUUAAAUGAAAAGUCUUUAUAUUGUUAGUGCAGCUAAUUGAAAGCAUUGAUCUGCGUGAUGUGGAGAAGGUUAC